UCUAUUUUUGUUUACUUUUCCUUGCAACUCUUCGCCUCCUCUUUCUCUUCUUCAUCUUUCAAACAAACUCUUCAUCCGUCUUUGACUGUAACUACUUCACAAGUUCCAAUUUUUCUGCAUACCCUUUAUUAGCAACUUCCUUAAUUGCUUAUUUAUUCUGUUAGGUAUCUUUAAGACCAUUUUUAUUUUUAUCAUUCAGCUUUCAAGAGCUUUCGUUGUUUUUGAUAGUUUGGACUUUGGAUUUGUGAGAGAGGAAGAUGGUAGGAGCAAUAUCUCUUGUUGGUUCAUCUAUGAUGGAUUCACACACUGGUCCAUGUUUGUGUGUGGAUUCUCUUCCAACAACUAAUGUGAAGAGUGGUUGUGGAGAGGUGGUUUUGUGGAAGAAUUUGAUGGGAAAGAAGUAUUCGGCGAGGCGCGGCGGCGGUAGGAGUUUGGGGUUGAGCAGCUCUUUUACUGAUCCGGGUAGGGAAUGGAGACUCAAGUUUAGCAGAAGCUGUAAGAAGCAAAGCAGUUAUGAUAGGAGAGUUACCAUUGUUAGUGAACUUGGUGGUCAGUAUGAUGAUACUUUUGAGGAUGUUAAAACGCAAUUGCUCAACUAUUUCACGUACAAAGCUGUGAGGACUGUUCUUCAGCAACUGUAUGAGAUGAAUCCACCUAAAUAUACUUGGUUUUAUAAUUUUGUUGUAUCAAACAAACCAACAGAUGGUAAACGUUUUAUCCGAAUGCUCGGGAAGGAACAACAAGAGCUUGCUGAAAGAGUGAUGUUAACUCGGCUUCACCUCUAUGGUAAAUGGGUCAAGAAAUGUAAUCAUGCUGAGAUAUACAAAGAAAUAUCUGAUGAAAACUUGGAGUUGAUGAGGGAAAGACUCAUGGAGACAGUAAUAUGGCCAUCGGAUGACAGCAACACAGAAAAAAUUGGUUGAUAUGAAUGAAACAUUGUUGCUUAAUUCCUAGUUUAGGUAUAAACAUGUUUUGUUUCCAAAUGUCAUUUUCCAGAUUUAUAGUAUUAAAUUGUGUAUAUAUCAAUACCUUUUAAAUACAUAGUCCAUUAUUUUUAAUAGUUUGAGAUGUAGGAUUUCAAAACUUGAGGCAUCUGCGAAGAAUGCUUCUAAACAGUAUCUAAAUCAUAAGUAUUGUCAACUUCCAAAUUCA